AUGUCCUCCAAUAUCACUCGGUGUCUUUGUAGGAGCGUUUUACCGUCGCGCUUCGUUACCCGUCAAGUCUUAUUCCUUCAGCCACCAAAAUUUGCGUUGAGAAACUCAAGACCUGACCUGUUUCAAUCAUCGUUUUCGAGAACUUUUACAAAUCCUGCUCCUAAUGAGUCUGAAAAAUCGAAGUCUGCCUCCCUCACCUGGAAGAAAUGGAUUCUGGCACGAACCUAUUUAGGUUCCAUCAACUGGAAAGGCCUGUGGGGACUUGUGUUGGGUAGCGGUGCGCUCGUCUUUGCGGGGGACCUUAUUUACCUUGGGUGGGUGACCCAAUCUAAUGAGCGACGCGUCAACAAAACCCUGGAAAAAGGUACUCAACCGGAGACGGAAGUGUCGAAUGAUAAGCUCAUUCCUCGGCCUGAAGUCGUAGAACGCCUUAAAAACCUUUUUCAACCGGAUGAAGAUCAUUCAUAUUACCAUGUUAUUUGUGGUGAACACGGAACCGGGAAGACAACAUUGACUGCGAAGGUGGCAAGAGAAAUUGGGAAAGGCGUUAUAUAUGUUGAUGUUCCUGCAAAUUUUAACAAACUGGGCGAGGAGUUUGGAAAAGCUCUCAAUUUCAUAUUUGAUGAAGAUGCCAUGCUCACAUUACGACUGAAGCGGAAAUUUUUUGGCGAUUCUAAGGAUGAAUUAGGAAAUUCAAAGUGGGAAAGAGCUAUGGAUGCCUUUAAGCGCGCUUCUGAAGUGUAUAAAGCGAAGCAUGGCAAACCUCCGAUCAUUAUUUAUGACAACGUUAGCCGAUUGGUUAACAAAAAUCCGGAAAUCCUCGAUAUUCUCCAAGAUGACGCCAAGGAUAAUGCCGAUCGCAGAAAAUAUAUCGUUGUAUUUGUUAGCAGUGAAGGUUCGGUGCCUAGAAGAAUGGAAUCCCGCAGUGCUUGGUCGCGUGCAGACCAACCAGUGAUGGAAAUCGGAGACCUUAGCGAGAAAGAAUCAAUGGAAUAUCUAAUCGACAAGCGCAAGAUCAACUCUGUAGAAGCAAAAAAACUAUAUGAUUUAGUAGGUGGACGCAUCGUAGAACUGAAGGCCACGGCUGAUAAAUUUCUGGCUGGACAAUCCUUUGAAAUCAUUAAAGAGUCAAUCCUAACUAAAGUCAAGAAGAAAUUUGAUUCCGCAAAACUCCUUCGAAAUCAAGCACAUCACGAAGCAGGAAAGCGUGUCAUCCAUGCACUGCUUAAUUCGGAGGAGAUUGAUACUGAUGUAUUUUUCAAUGAUGAGGAAUACGGUGAAGUUUUAGGAGCAAACGUGUUUGCAUAUCAUCCAUCAAGAGAUACGGUGUCUUUUCAGUCUCAAUCGGGAUCCAAAGCCCUUGACCAAGUAAAAAUGAACGUUCCUAUUCUUUAG